AUGCCAAAAGCCCACGACUCCCGCCUGAUCAAGUUGGUUGGCAAGAUCCUCCAUCACGACUUUCACCACCAUGGGCCUCAGGACGAUUCUGAUUCCGACAGCGGCGUCGCCACACCCGAAUGGAUGGGACCUUACAGAGCUCCGUCCUCGACGUCCUCCGUCUACUCCAUUCCAAAGGGCGGCGGGCGAGACAAGAGCAUCUCCAUGGACCUGUGGAAUGAGGCCUACAACUCCCUUCGAGACAGCACGAGAUCCGCUGGCCUUGUCACCGUCUACGAGUCGAUUUUGUGCCAGGAACUGUCGCACGGACAGUCAAUAGGCGGGCUCAAUCAGAGUUUGCCCCGAUCUGACAAGGAGCGGUUCAAAGCUCUCAUCACCAUCACCGAGUCUGGGCUGAAGAGGUCUCGCGGGACCAAAUCUCAAGCCAACACCUCUGCAAAGGGCAUAAUCAGGGCUGCUCAGAGGCUUAUCAAAAGCGUGUGGGCGACAUAUCCUUCCACGGCGGUCGCCUGGUCGGGCAUCUGCAUUCUAACACCGCUUCUUCUUGGUCCGCCAAUUGAAAUCGAAGAGAUGAAGCGCGGUGCCCUGCACGUCCUUGGACGCAUCCCUUGGUACAUGCACCUUUCAGAGAUUCUGCUCGCCAGCGCCUGGAAGAACGACUUUGACUUCAACGCCCAGCGCGACCGCACCAGAGACCGACUGCUGCAGCUGUACCGCAAGGUGCUGGAGUUUGAGAUGAACUGCGUCUGCGCGGCCGCCAGCAGCUGGAACAUUGCGGCCAAGAACAUUGUUGGGUGGCACGGUUUGGGGGCGAUUGUGCGUGAGAUCGAGGAGAUGGACAAUGAGAUGACGGCUCUCAUGGUCACGUACAUUGACAGAGGAGUUGCUGACAAGAUUCUGCGGUAUAACAAGCAGUUGGAGCUGGACGAGGGAGAGCCGCUUGAGCCGGACUCGAGCCGCGCGGCGAACGCCAUCAAUGAGCCAAAUACGAUGGUGACCCCCUCGACGGUCCGAGUUUGA